AUGGCGACAACUACGGCCUCGGCGGCCGCUGACCCCGCGGCGCAAGCGCAUCAGUUUCCCCUCCCAAAGAUCCUCGAAUACCCCGCGUCGACCCCGCCAAUCCUCAUCACACAAGGUGCCGAGGGUCGUCUCUACAAAACAACCUAUCUAUUACCCGAUAUUCCCUGCGCUCUCAAGUAUCGCCCUCCCAAGCCCUGGCGGCACCCGAUCCUCGAUCAACGACUCACGAAACACCGAAUUCUUUCAGAGGCCCGCAUUCUCGGAAAGUGCCGUCGUGAUGGUGUCCGCGUCCCAGCUGUCUACGCCGUUGAUGAGGCUGCUGGGUGGUUGAUGCUGGAAUGGAUCUCGGGAGGGCCUGUCCGCAAGAGCAUCAACGAGCGCCUAGGAAAUAGAACAGAGGGGAUCGAGAAAGAUGCUGAGCUGAAAGAUCUCAUGCGCAGGAUCGGCACUGCUAUAGGCAACAUGCACAAGGUGGGAAUUGUCCAUGGCGACUUGACUACAAGCAACAUGAUGCUGCAGCCACCAGUCAACCCUGAAAAUGAUACUCCGCUGCACGGGGAGCUGGUCAUCAUCGAUCUGGGCCUUGCGAGUGGAAGUAUAUCAGACGAGGACCGGGCAGUAGAUCUCUACGUUCUAGAGAGAGCCUUUGGUAGCACGCACCCUCGAGCAGAAUGUGUCUUCUCAGAGGUGCUUGACGCCUAUAGCCAGACUUUCAAGCAAGCCAAUAUUGUGCUCAAGAAGUUAGAAGACGUACGGAUGAGAGGCCGCAAGCGAAGCAUGCUCGGGUAA